AUGUCGAUUGGAGAAACAAGCCGCCCAGUCACGCUGGCCAUCAUUGGCGCUGGUCAGCGUGGUAGCGCUUAUGCUGCAUACGCCGAAAAGAGCCCGGAGCUGUGCAAGAUCGUUGCCGUGGCCGACCCGUGGAAGUUCCGCCGCGAGAAGAUGAGCAAGGUGCACGGCGUGCCCAAGGAGAACCAGUACGACGGCUGGAAGAGCUUCGCCGAAGCCGGCAAGAUUUGCGAUGCAGUGGCUAUCUGCACGAUGGACGACACGCACGCCGAGGUGGUGAGCGUGUUCGCUCCUCUUGGAUACCACAUCCUCUGCGAGAAGCCCAUGGCAAACUCGAUCAAGGACUGCGUGACCAUGGUGGACAGUGUUCGAGGCACUGAUCAGAUCUUCGGUAUCGGUCAUGUGCUGCGCUACUCGCCAUACAACCGCGCCGUCAAGGAGGUGCUCGAGUCGGGUGUGCUCGGCGAUAUCAUCAACAUCCAGCACAUCGAGCCCGUGGGCUGGCAGCACUUUGCGCACUCGUACGUGCGCGGCAACUGGAGGAACGAGGCGACGACGAGCUUCUCGCUGAUGGCCAAAUGCUGUCACGAUCUCGACAUCCUCUCGUUCUACAUGGGUAAGGAUGCUCCCAAGAAGGUGUCAUCGUUCGGCUCGCUCGCCCACUUCAAGCCAAGCAAGAAGCCGAAGGAGGCGGGAGAUGCGACGCGAUGCACAGACUGCUCGUUCGAGAGCAAGUGCCCCUUCAGCGCCAAGAAGAUUUACCUCGAGCCACUGAUGUCCACAGCAGCGGACCCGGAGCGAUGGGCUCAGCACAUCACGGAUGUCGUCGACAUCGAGAACGUCGGCAAGGCCAUCAAGGAGGGACCGUACGGACUCUGCGUCUACAACGGUCAGAACGACGUGGCGGACAACCAGGUGGUCAACAUCGAGUUCGAGUCGGGAGCCACAGCCACCAUCACCAUGGUCGCCUUCACCGAGGUGGUGUGCAACCGUUCGACGCGCAUCUCGGGCACUCGAGGCGAGCUGAUCGGCAACAUGGAGACGUUCACCGUAUUCGACUUUGCCACACAGGAGAAGAGGACCGUGGUGCCAGAGAACGAGGGCGGUGGUCACGGCGGCGGAGAUCUCGGCUUGGCAAGGGCAUUCGUCAAGGCUGUCGCCGAGAACGAUGCGAAACAUCUGGGUGUGACACCAGAGGACGUGCUGAGGAGUCACUUGAUGGUGUUUGCUUCCGAGACAUCGAGGAAGGAGGGCAAGGUGAUCGACUACAACCAGUACGAGAAGGAGCAGAAGGCGUUGUACAGCAAGUAA